UUCUCUGCUAACCGGUGUUAGUGGUUUUGUUUGCUUCCAAACUAUGCCUGAGCCGGCCAAGUCCGCUCCGGCGCCCAAGAAGGGGUCCAAAAAAGCUGUCACCAAGGCGCAAAAGAAGGACGGCAAGAAGCGCAAGCGCAGCCGCAAGGAGAGCUACUCCAUCUACGUGUACAAGGUGCUGAAGCAGGUGCACCCCGACACGGGCAUCUCGUCCAAGGCCAUGGGCAUCAUGAACUCGUUCGUGAACGACAUCUUCGAGCGCAUCGCGGGCGAGGCGUCCCGCCUGGCGCACUACAACAAGCGCUCGACCAUCACGUCGCGGGAGAUCCAGACGGCCGUGCGCCUGCUGCUGCCCGGGGAGCUGGCCAAGCACGCCGUGUCCGAGGGCACCAAGGCCGUCACCAAGUACACCAGCUCCAAAUGAGCGCGCCGGGGCCCGGCGCUCGCCAGCCGCUUCUUCUCUAAAGGCUCUUUUCAGAGCCACCCACCUAAUCACCAGAAAAGAGCUUUAUUCAUUUGUAUUGCAUCUCCGUACGUGCGUGUUGAGAAGUUGGUA